GCCUCCUGGCCGCCAGCCGGGGGCGGGGCAAGGCCGUCCCCCAAAGCUGGAGGGUCUUCAGGGUGCUUGCCCGGCAUGGGGUGGCGAGGGGGCGGGCCCGAAGAAUAGGUCAAUGGGCGGGGCGGGGCCACAACGCCCCCGCGCCCCCAGCCUACCGUCAGGUUCCCCGAGGGGGUGCUGGCGCCAGGCCGUUGCCUAGCAACGUCCAGCCCCGCCCCGCUGGUGCGCGCCUGCCCCCGGCAUGGCUUGGCAGGGCUGGCCCGCGCUGUGGCAGUGGGUCGCCGGCAGCUGGCUGCUCCUCGUCCUUGUCCUCGUCCUGCUCGUGAGACCUCGCGGUUGCCGAGCGCGGCCGGGCCUCCGCGGCCUGCUCAUGGCGCACAGCCAGCGGCUACUCUUCCGAAUCGGGUACAGCCUGUACACCCGCACCUGGCUCGGGUACCUCUUCUACCGACAGCAGCUGCGCAGGGCUCGGAACCGCUACCCUAAAGGCCACUCGAAAACCCAGCCCCGCCUCUUCAAUGGAGUGAAGGUGCUUCCCAUCCCCGUCCUCUCCGACAACUACAGCUACCUCAUCAUCGACACCCAGGCACAGCUGGCUGUGGCUGUGGACCCUUCAGACCCUCGGGCUGUGCAGGCUUCCAUUGAGAAGGAAGGUGUCACCUUGGUCGCCAUUCUCUGUACCCACAAGCACUGGGACCACAGCGGAGGGAACCGUGACCUCAGCCGGCGUCACCGGGACUGUCGGGUGUACGGGAGCCCUCAGGACGGCAUCCCCUACCUCACCCAUCCCCUGUGUCAUCAAGAUGUGGUCAGCGUGGGACGGCUUCAGAUCCGGGCCCUGGCUACCCCUGGCCACACACAAGGCCACCUGGUCUACCUACUGGAUGGGGAGCCCUACAAGGGUCCUUCCUGCCUCUUCUCAGGGGACCUGCUCUUCCUCUCUGGCUGUGGACGGACCUUUGAGGGCAACGCAGAGACCAUGCUGAGCUCACUGGACACUGUGCUAGGGCUAGGAGACGACACCCUGCUGUGGCCUGGUCAUGAGUAUGCGGAGGAGAACCUGGGCUUUGCAGGCGUGGUGGAGCCUGAGAACCUGGCCCGGGAGAGGAAGAUGCAGUGGGUACAGCGGCAGCGGAUGGAGCGCAAGGGCACGUGCCCGUCUACCCUGGGAGAAGAGCGCUCCUACAACCCGUUCCUGAGGACCCACUGCCUGGAGCUGCAGGAGGCUCUGGGGCCGGGCCCGGGCUCCACUGGGGAUGAUGACUGCUCCCGGGCCCAGCUCCUGGAAGAGCUCCGGCGGCUGAAGGACAUGCACAAGAGCAAGUGAUGCCCCAGCGCCCCGAGCCAGCCCACUCCCUUCACGGGGAGGCCACCGCCACCCGCCCCUCACCAUCCUUCUCAUCGCUAACACCACCACCUCCAUCGGCACCCAAGCGGGCAUCAUCCCCCACAUUGCUCAGGGGAGGGAGGGACCAGGCGAUGAGACUUCGAGCCCCAGAGAAGGGGGCCGGUGGGAGACUGUGAACCCCGAAGUGGGAGGCUGCCUCCUCAGUGGAGAGAGGAAAGGAGGGGUCUUGGGACAUCUCCAGACCCUACCGACUGGGAGGGUCCCCUCCUCCUUCCCUACUCCUGGGAUGGCAGCAAGGACAUGGGGGCUGCUGUUAGCUCCUCCCUUGGGAAAUCUCAUCUCACUGUAGCCCUGGAACUCAGGGUGACCGGGCCCACGAGCAGCUUGAGUCCAUCUUGCCCAUCCCCCAUCCAGGGUUGGGGAAGAAGCCAGCCCCUCACAGUGACCUCAGGUGUGAUGCCUUGCAAAAGCAGCACUCAGAGGGACAGCUGGACUCUGGUGUCCUGAGAUUCUGCCCUCCUCCCAUGGCCUCCCUGCCCCACCCACCCCUGCAAAGGCAUUUUUCAGACAGAGCCAUUCCUAAGAGCACUGAAGGGCUGGAAGGCUGCCUGGCCACUCUCUGCCUCAGUGGCCUCCCUACAGCCUGGAAGAAGGAGGGUCCCGGUUGCCAUGGAAACCUCCUCCUUGGGCUAAGGAGACACUGGAGGCUCAGAUGCGGAGCCCCACAGUCUUGCAGGUCACAUGCUCUCCUCACUCAUCUGGCCUGGUCGUGCCCGCUGGCCUCUGUCCCUGCCCUGAACCACAAGGGCCCCUCCUUGCCAGGGGAGAGAGAGCCAUGGUCCUCUUUGGCCACUGCGGUUUUCUUAUUUUGACCCUUGUUCUUAGGCCCAUCGGCCUGCCUUCCUCCAUCUAACUAAUCUCUCCGGCUUUAUCUGCAGCCCCUUUCUUCUUUGAGUUAGUAAAGAUUGAUUCUGUAACCCGACACUCAUCUGGCCCUUUGCGGUUUGCCAGCCACAUUCCCCUGUGAUUUCCCACUGGAUCCAGGCCCUCUCCCCGCUGGGAGGAGGAGACUCGUGUGCAGGAUGGAAAUCAGAAGUCUGUGAGCAGAGCGUGGGAGUGCACGGCAGCUCUGGGCCUCAGGCCUGGCCCGGCCCCUCUGCUCACUCCACCUUCAGCUCUGCUGCUCCUCUAGUCGUGGGUCCAGAUCCCUUUGGGGCCACAGUGAGGAACCCUGCGGUCCUCAGGCAGGUGUACCUUGGGUCAGCCAGGAGCCCUCUCUUCCUGUGUCAAAGUGUGCCCUCGGGCUCUGCUCACCUCUGGUGAACCUCCAAGAUGCCCCUGCCCUCAGUUUGCCCUCAUCAUCUGGCCUCUGCGCCCUGCUCCAGCGACAGCCUCUAGUACACUUUAGCAAUACCACUAGACUAGUUAGAGUUCCUCACUCACCAAGCAAGACAUGCAGUUUCAUGCCUCUGUGCCUUCGCUCAUGUUGUUUCUUCCGACUGGAAUGCCUUCCCGUGCCCCUCCUGCCUCGUCUGCCUGGCAAGCACCUGCUCAUCUCUCACGAUCCCCUCAAAGGCCCCCUCCUCCUGGAAGGCAACCCCUGUCCCCCUCCCCUCCAGGCUACCUCUGCACUUUGUCAAUGCUUCUCUUGUGACACUUAUCACACCAUAAUUUCCUUGUUUACAUGUUUGUCUCCCAUUCUAGACUGUGAAUCCUUAAGGGCAUGGACUGUAUCUUAUGCAUCUCUGUAUUUCUGCGCCUAGCACGGUGCCUAGCACACAGUAGGCGCUCAAUAAAUGUUGAAUGAAUGAAUGAUUUAA